UUCGAUUUAGCACUUCCGCAUCUGUCGACUGGGUUUGACAAGAGCUGCGUCUCUCAGGUGAAGUUCGGGUUUGCGAUUUAAAAACCAAUAUAUUUCAGUAGUCUGCUAUUGCCUACGGUGCUUCGAGUAUGUUGAAGUAGACGACAAAAAAGCCUAUUCAGUCAGAUCUGCUGACAACUCCUCCCAACAAUACAGGAGAUGGAUUUUCAGAGGCUGCUGUUAAAAGUAGGGAAGGCCCUGGGUAAGGAUGAGGUAAAAGCUUUAGCCUUUCUUUGCACCGAACUUCUGGGCCGAAACCCGAACUCUGUGGAGUCAGCCAGUGACCUUUUCUCUCGUCUGGCGGAUCAAGACUAUCUUUCACAUCAGCAACCACACCUGCUGACUGAGCUUCUCCUCACGAUUCAACGCACCCGUCUGGUCCGUGACCUCAAUCUGACUGACCGAGAAUCUACAACCAUUAGCCUUAUCUCUCCUUACAGGAAGCUACUCUACAGCCUGUCUGAGGAGAUUACUGAUGAUGACUUGAAACAUGUGAAGUUCUUGUUAAACACAAUGCUCCCACGUAGAAGACUGGAGGAAAAGGUUACUGUGCUGGAGGUCUUCCUGGAGAUGGAGCACAUGGACCUCCUCAGUGACACUAAUUUAAACGAACUGGAGAAGAUUAUUCAGUCAGUCUGUCCCAUGUUGAAAGACAAGAUCAACCAGUUCAAAUCACGGCAGGCACCUCCAACAAGCCCUAUACCUCAACAGAUAGGUCAACCUAGGUCUAAUACUUACCCUUGUCAACCAAACCAGGUCCCUCUAUCUUUAGAUCCUGAAAGGACUGAGAGGCCAGCGUUGGGAUUAUGGGCCCAGUGUUCCAUGAAUUCUUCAAACACCUCUGUAGAUUUUCACAGUGAAGAUGAAUGUGGGGCCCUGUCGCAUGGACUCAGGGAUUUAAGCACUGAAACAAGCAGCUGUGCCUCCUUGAAAGAAAACGUGAGCUUCUCUGAAAAGCAGACGUUUCAGACUACAAACACAAACAAUGAGGUUUUGGGAAUAUAUCCCAUGACUGCAGCAAAGAGAGGUAUCUGCUUGAUAAUAAACAACUACAACUUCACUACAUCCACUCUCAAGAAUCGGGAAGGGACCAUGGCUGAUGAAAUGUAUCUUCCAGGGUGUCUUUGUGAAGUGUUUAUGUGGCUGGGCUUUGAGAUCAAGAUAGAGCAUGACUGUACGAGCGAGAAGAUGCUGUCGGUGUUGCGGGAUCUCGGCAGGAGAGACCACAGUCAGAUGGAUUGUGUGGUAUGCUGUGUUCUUAGCCAUGGCAACGAUGGGGGGGUAUAUGGCGUGGAUGGCCAGACCGUCAAGCUCAUGGAGCUGAUGGAAUCUUUGAAUGGCUUAAAGUGCCCCUCUUUGGCAGAAAAACCCAAGCUGUUUUUCAUCCAGGCUUGCCAGGGCACCAGUGAGCAAAGGGCUGUCUACAUCGAGGCUGAUGGCCCUGCACGAAGUCUUGUUUGUAGUGAUGCUAUUGAAGCAAAAGACUCCAUCCCAACUGAUGCUGAUUUCCUGCAGGCGAUGGCCACCGUUCCUUCGUGCGUCUCCUUCAGAGAGAGGAAGAAUGGCACCUGGUUUAUUCAGUCAUUGUGCCAAAACCUUGUCCAGAUGGUGCCCAGGGGGUAUGACCUUGUGUCUAUCCUGACAAAAGUGAACGCAGAUGUGAGCCUGAGGACUGACUUUACUGGGGAAAAAAAGCAAAUGCCUCAGCCAGCCUUCUCACUCAGGAAGAAAGUGGUCUUUCCGAUCCCUAAAGCCCCUCCUCCCAGCCAGUUGUCUGUUUGAAGGACUCACACAUCACAUGAUCCCUGAAAGACAAGUGUUUUUGUCUCACAAACACUGUUUCCAAUUUUUAAUCUGCAGGGUAAAAUAUUAGAAAGCUUAAUCCAAAUGUGUUUAUAUUUUUAUGAUAACACUUGAGCCAGCUCCGAUUUGCUGAUGAAGACAAUGGGAGGAUUUUAUUAAGGUUUGUAUGAGACAGUCAUACUGGUAUUGUACUCACAAGUUUCAACUCCAUUAAGCUCCAUUUUGUAGCAUUGCCAAAAUUAAAUAUUUGUACAUGAUUUUUAAUGUUUGUUGUAAUGAACUGUUUGAACGAAUCAUUCACAUCAAUUCAGGAGUGAAUGCAACAUCCCGGUCUUUUUACAUGUACUUUUAGACUUAGCUAUUGGACGGAGACUGUUGGCCAGCUGUUCCUGGAACAACUGGCCAACAGUAGUGGGUUUAUUCUUCAUAAUGUGACAUUAUUAUUGUUACCAUUGUCAUUUGAUAUGGCUACGUACAAUGUACAAUCCAUGAAAUCUUUUGAGCAAUUCAAAAACAGCAAUUUCCCAUUAAUCAAGCAGUACAUCUUUAUGCACUGUCACUCUGAAAGUAUUUUGUAAUUUGAACACCUCUUCAUUAUGUUUGUUCAUAUACAUGUAUUAAAAAAAUGCCCUCAUUAAAAUGUAUUCUGUUACAGCCUAUUGCAUUCAAAACAUGCUGAGUCGUCAAUGCAACUGUUCAGCGAAAACCUUCAAUUGACCGCAAUGCCUCAAAUUUGCAUAAAAGUUGAGACAGAAUCUACUAAACAGUGCUGACACAAUUAUUUGAUUAUUUGCUGUUUCCAAGUGGAAGGAUCUGCUGCUUUUCUUUGUUUUAUAUCAAUGUAA